CUGGCCAAUCCAGAUAUCUGCACGCCUCUCACCCCAACAUCCCCGCGUAGCGCUGCGCGCGGGGUACUACCCCGGCGGCGCGGCCCGAUGACGCAUUGCGCCUGCGCGCGCGACCGAGCCGGGAGGGGUUGGGUGCCCUGGGUUUGGGGGCCGGCUGCCGCCGAGGCAAGCUAAACACAGAAUGGGGAAGAAUCCUGUGCGUCCUCCACGAGCCCUUCCACCUGUGCCAAGUCAAGAUGAUAUUCCACUUAGUCGUCCUAAGAAAAAGAAGCCGAGAACAAAAAACACACCAGCAAGUGCUUCUUUGGAAGGCCUUGCUCAGACUGCUGGUCGAAGGCCCUCUGAGGGCAGUGAGCCAUCAACUAAAGAACUCAAAGAGCACCCAGAGGCUCCUGUUCAAAGAAGACAGAAAAAGACAAGGCUACCUCUUGAAUUGGAGACUUCCUCCACCCAAAAGAAGUCAUCUAGUUCAUCUUUAUUACGAAAUGAAAAUGGUAUUGAUGCGGAGCCAGCUGAGGAGGCAGUUAUUCAAAAACCUCGGAGGAAGACAAAGAAAACCCAGCCAGCAGAAUUACAGUAUGCCAAUGAGCUAGGAGUAGAAGAUGAAGACAUAAUCACUGAUGAGCAAACUACUGUGGAACAGCAGUCUGUAUUCACUGCACCCACUGGCAUUAGCCAGCCUGUAGGCAAAGUAUUUGUGGAAAAAAGCCGGAGAUUCCAGGCUGCUGAUCGUUCAGAGCUGAUAAAGACCACAGAAAACAUAGAUGUGUCAAUGGACAUGAAGCCUUCCUGGACCACCAGAGAUGUGGCACUUACAGUGCACCGGGCUUUCAGGAUGAUUGGUCUCUUUUCUCAUGGAUUCUUGGCUGGCUGUGCUGUGUGGAAUAUUGUUGUGAUAUAUGUUCUAGCAGGAGAUCAGCUAUCCAACCUCUCAAACCUUCUGCAACAAUACAAGACCCUAGCGUAUCCAUUCCAGAGUCUUCUGUACUUGCUUUUGGCUCUGAGUACAAUUUCAGCUUUUGACAGGAUUGACUUUGCUAAAAUAUCAGUAGCAAUCCGAAAUUUUUUGGCCCUGGAUCCUACAGCUUUAGCAUCUUUCUUGUACUUUACUGCUCUUAUACUAUCUCUGAGUCAGCAAAUGACAAGUGACAGAAUCCACCUUUACACACCUUCUUCUGUUAAUGGUAGCCUCUGGGAAGCAGGAAUUGAGGAACAGAUUCUCCAGCCAUGGAUUGUGGUGAAUCUCGUGGUGGCUCUUCUGGUUGGAUUAUCUUGGCUAUUUUUGUCUUACAGGCCAGGCAUGGAUCUUAGUGAAGAGUUAAUAUUCUCCUCAGAGGUGGAAGAAUAUCCUGAUAAAGAUAAAGAAAUCAAAGCCUCUUCAUAAUACCAGCUCACCCUUGGAGGAAUAAUGACCCAGUAUUUGUCCCAUUUUUGUUUUUAAAUGUAUUUUUAUAAGAUGUGUACAUGUGUAUUAGUAAUAGAUUUUUUGAUUAUAUAAUACUGAAACAUCUCUCAAUAUUAUGAAAAAUGUUAAAAUUAUGUUUGCUAUUUAUGUCUAAAUAUUAAUUUGUAUAGCAUUAUCAUCUUAAUGACAAAGGGAAUAAUGAACUAGAAACCAGCAAGUGAAAGUGUUUAUUUCCUAUUUUCUCAAAACAAUUGUAUUUAUAACUAUUAUCUUAAAAAGCGCUGGUUUAGAAAAAGCCAUAACUUAAAUAGUGUUAUAAAAUAUAUAUCAGGUUUAAACAUAAAUUUAGCGAAUAUGGUAGAAGGGAAAAAAGCCUUCAUUUUUGACCUCCCCUUACUGAAUAAAUUGAAAUAUGAAAUUUGUCUUUUCUGAAA